AAAUGGCACAGUGUAAAUUAACUCCUCGUGAAUUUAUAAGUAACACAUUUUCACCAAAAAUUGGAGCAAUUUGUUCACCAGCUGCUGAAUAUGUUUGUCAAAAAAAUAAUUUAACAUUUAUUGAACUUUUACAGCCAUUUUCUAACCUAAAUUCAGAAGGUCAUAUUAAAGAUCCACAAGGUACAAUAGUAAAUAUAAGAAAUUUACAUUUAUCAAUACAAGAUAUAAAUAGUCAACCACCAGAACCAACAAUUGCAAGAAAAUUAUUAAAUGAUUCAGUUAAUAUUGAACAAUGUGAUCGUACAACAAAUAUUAAAAUACAAAAUACAAUAAUUGAUAUACCAAUAUCAGUACCAUGGUUUGAAUCAUGGCGUGAAAUGUUUUUAAAUGUACAAUUUCCAUCAGAUCAUGAAUUUACAAAACAUUUUAUAGCAUGUAUGAUUGUUGUUGCAACAUCUGAUGAUAAUCCAUUAGAUAAAAUACAAAAAAUUGCACAAAAAUUAACACAACAAACAUCAACAACAAAAUUACCAAAAUGGUUUAAUAAUAAUACAUUACGUUAUUAUAUAUUAAUAUAUGAUUCAUCACAAGAUGAUAAAAUAAAAGCUGAAAAAAUAUAUACAGAUAUGAAAAAUAUAUAUGAUAAAAAUAAUUGUUAUUUAUUAUCAAUGAAUUCACGUAAAAUUGAUAAUACAAAUAAUGUUAAUUUACCAGAUCCAUGGUGUCAAUUUUUAAUUAAAAAUACAGAUGAUAUUAUAACAUCAUUAUCUGAUACAAAUAGUAGUCCACGUACACCAGCUGAUACUGGUUGUGUAUCAUCAAUGCCAAAUCGUUUAACAACAUCUGAUUCAGAUAAAACAAGUCAAGCUGGUACACCAGUAUCAUCAUCACAUAAUCCAAUUUUAUCAUCACCAAAUGAUACAGAUAAAAUAAGUUUAACAUCUGAAUUAAAUGAUGUGCCAAAUAUUGAAAUUGGUCAAGAAGCUGUACCAGUAUUGUUACAUCCUUUAUCACCAGUUAAUCAAGUUGAUAAAAUUUUUACAAUUGAUCAACAAGCACAAUCACAAAUAAAUGAUACAAAAACAACAAUUAUUAAUAAAAUUAAUGACAAUGUAUGGGCAGAUACACCAUCUCAUGAAUUACAAACACAUGGUGCAUUAUUAUCUUCAAUUAAUAAUAUUGUAUUAUUUAUUUUGCUAUUAAAUGAUAUAAUAUCAAAUAAAAAAGGUGUAUCACGUUCAUUAUUUACAGCAACAAAACGUUGGUUUGGUACAUCAAAACCAGGUGCACCAAAUUCAACACCAUCAAAUGCUGUAAUAUAUAGUAUUGAUUCAGCUGAAUUACAAUUACGUAGAUUUGGUGAUUUAUGUUUUAUGAUUGGUCAUUAUUCGCUGGCUUAUCAAGCAUAUCAUUCAGCUAAAAGAGAUUUUCAAGCUGAUCAAGCAUGGUUAUAUUAUGCUGGUGCAUUAGAAAUGGCUGGUUUAUCAGCAUUUAUGCAAGGUGAAAAUGAUCGUAAAACAAUACAAUAUCUUGAUGAUGCAAUAUUAACAUAUUUAAAUACAUGUAAAAUGUCACAAUUUGCUGUACGUGCAACAUUACUAAGUUCUGAAUGUUUAAAAGGACGUAGUUUAUAUAAUGAUGCUGCUAAACAAUUAAUUAGAAUGACUAGUGAAGAUUCAGAUUUACGUUCAGCAUUAUUACUUGAACAAGCAUCAUAUUGUUAUAUAUUUCCAAAAAUGUUACAUAAAUAUGCAUUUCAUUGUGUAUUAGCUGGACAUAGAUAUUCAAAAGCUGGACAAAAAAAACAUUCAUUAAGAUGUUAUCAACAGGCAUAUCAAGUUUAUCAUGAUAAAGGUUGGUCAUUAGCUGAAGAUCAUAUACAUUUUACAAUUGGAAGACAAGCAGCAUCAUUAAAACAAAUUAAUAAAUCAAUUGAAUCAUUUGAAAAAUUAUUAAAUCCAUUAUCAAAACAAUCAUCAAUACAACAACAAGCAUUUUUACGUGAAUUUUUACAAAUACAAAAUUUAUUUAUUAAACAAAUAUCUGAUAAUGAUAAUUUAAAACAUUUACCAAUAUUAAUAUUACCACUUAUUGAUAAUGAUAAUGAUAUUAAAAUACAUUGUGGUAGUAUUGAUGAUAAUGAAAUAUUUAAUGAUGAUAAUUAUAAUAUUGAUGAUGAAAAUAAAUUGUGUAAACUUGAAGAAAUACUUGUUACUGAAAUACAAGGUACACCACCAAUGAUAUUUAAACAAACUGUUGCUAUUUAUUCAAAUAAAAGUGAUAAUAUUGUUGGUCCAAUUGGCAUUGUUGAUGAACCAAUAUAUAUUUCAUUUAAAUUAUAUAAUCCAUUACGUAUUAAUUUAUCAAUUGGUAAAAUUAAAUUAAUAUGGAGUUUUAAAAAUACUGAUGAUGAAUUAAUUACAAAUGAAAAUGAUAAUUCAAAUUUGAUAAUUGAAUCAUCAAUUAUUGAUACAUUGUUAUUAAAAUCAAUGAGUAAACAACAAAUUGUAUUAUCUGUUGUACCAAAAUGUAUUGGUGAAUUAAAAAUUUUAGGUAUAUCAUAUUAUUUAACAAAUAUUAUUGAUACAAAUGAUAAUUCACAAAGCAAUAUUAUUGUUAAUGGCAAAAAAUUAUUUACAAUUAAUGAAAAAAAAGACACUAUUGAUAAAAGAUUAGAUAUAAAUAUCAUUGAUAAAUCACCAUUUUUAAAAAUUAAUUUUACAAAAUUAUCACAAGAUAUGAUUUGUGGUGAAAUACAAAAAAUAAAUAUGACAAUUAAAAAUAUUGGUAAUUCAUCAGCUAAAAAUUUACUAAUAUCAUCUAAAAAUAUAGAUUUAUUUUGUAUUGAUAAAAGCUUUAUAGAUAAUAGUAAAAUAAAAUCAAAUUAUAUUAAUAAAAUAUUAAUAAAUAAUGAUUAUUUAGAGCCAAAUAAAAAAAUUGAUAUAACAAUAUGGAUAAAAGCACCACAUAAAAAAGGUAAUCAUAAAUUAGAUUUAUUAUUUUAUUAUGAAAAUAAUAAUAAUAAUUUAAAAAAAUAUAGAUUACAUAGACAUUCAUGGUUGUUAAGUGUGCUUGAUUCAAUAAAUAUUAAAGCAUCAAUACGUCAAAGUAUAUUAACAAAUAAUAAUUUACCAACAUUAAAUCUUGUAUUAAAAAUUAAAAAUAGUAAUCAAGUACAUGAUCCAUUUAUGAAUGAAAUAACAUUAACAAAUUUAUCAUUAAAAAGUAAUUGUUGGAUAUUUGGUAAUAAAAUUGAUGAUAAAAUAAUACAUAAAAUUCAACCACAAGAAAUAUAUCAUUUAUUGUUAAAAUUAAAUAGACGUAUUGUUGAAAGUAUCAACAAUGAAAUAACAAAUAUAACAUUUGUUGAUAAUCAUGAUGAUGAUGUCACUCCAUAUAUUAAUUUUAUUGAUAAAUUAAAAUUGUUGUCAUUGAGUAAUGUUGAUAAUGAAACAAUAGAAAAUUUUGAAAAUUUAAAUAUAACAUUAAUUAUUAGAUGGAAAGCAAAUAUAAUGGAAGGUAAAUGUUUAAUUCGUGAAGCUAUUGGACAACAUCAUUUAGAGUUAAAUGUUAUUAAUCAAAUUUAUAAACAUCCAGAGGAUGUAGUAACUGAAUCAAGUGAUUAUCCAUCAAGACUUAUUAUUUUUGGGCCUGAUCGUAAUGUGCCUAAUACUGAUGAUGAUGAUAUUGCUAUUGUUAAAAAUGAUAAUGUUAUUUGUAAUAAAAUACCAAAUAAUAUUAUAACAUUUUCACUUGGACAUCAACAAAAUAUUAUAAAUAAUUUUGAGGAGAAAAAAAUUUGUCUUGUGCCGGUUACAAUGACAAUCCAAAAUCAUUCAAAUAUUAAAAUUCAAGUUAAGAUUGAUACAAUUGGAACUAGCAGUCAAACAUACUUGCCAAGUAUUAAAUCACAAUUAUAUACACCAAAAGCAUCAACAUUUUUUCGUUAUGCUUGUCAUACAGCAAUAAAUUGUGAUAUUGAACCACUUGGUUAUCAUAUUGUUGAAUUACAAGCAAUUGUAUUGACACCAGGAACAUUUGAUUUUGCAUCACGUAUCGAAAUAUCAGCAAAAACCAUUGAUAUUACUGAAUUUAUAUCACAAAAAUGGAAAAUUGAAAGUGUUUGCUCUAUUAGUGAUGUUAAUUAUUAAUAAUUACAAUAAAUAAUUAUAAUUUCUAUGUGAUUGAUUGAUCAGAAAACGAAAAUAAAAAAGAGCAAAAUCAUCAUCAUUCCUUAAUUAAAAAUUAAAACUAAAUGAAAUUAAUUAAUAAUAAUGUUUAAAUAGAAAAGAAAAACUAAAUAAUAAUAAAUUAUGUAUAUAUUUAAUAAACAAUUUAC